AUGGAACUCCAUACGGAAGUCGUUUCACAUGCGGUGGAGCAGCGGGGACACAAGAUCGACUUGAGGGAAUUCGUAGGAGCAAAGGCGGGGGAAAGCCAGCGCGCCAGCCUGUGGGCCUCGCAGACCGCGGACCGCCAACUCGCGCCUUGUGCGGCCAUGAGCGCGGCAGCUAGAGCCAACUCAACCGUCGCCUCGCACACGUCCCACAGCUCCUUAUUCCCGCGGCCCUUCCACCUCCCGCAGCCCCCGCUGAUCGCGCCGCCGCACAUCUCCGCGCAACACUUCCUCUACCUCCAGCAGCAGCAGCGCCGCCUGCAGCUCGUGCAAUCGCUACCCAUCCCGCAACCCCUCCUCCACCAAUCCUCUGUUUCCGCCGGCUCCGCGGCCGCCGCCGUUCCUCCUGCGGUCUCCGAAGCGCGGCUGCCGGCGCCGGCGUACGACUAUGCAACGCACGGCGCGGUGAUGACGCCGGAGCAGGUGGAGGCGCUGCGGCGGCAGAUCGCGGUGUACAGCACCAUCUGCCAGCAGCUCGUCGCCAUGCACCAGGCGCUCACCGCGCAGCACGCGCACUUCACCGCAGCAGCGGCGGCAGCGGGGGUUCUAGGCCAUCUCCCCUUUCCCUACGACCACUACGGCGUCGGCUCCGCCGCCAUCGCCGCUCACCCGAAGACGCGCCAGCGCUGGACGCCGCAACCCGCGCAGCUGCAGAUUCUCGAAAAGUACUUUUCGCUUUCCACGGGCACGCCGAAUAAGGCGCGCAUUCGGGAGAUAACGGCGGAGCUGCAGCAGCACGGGCCUAUAUCGGAGACUAACGUCUACAACUGGUUUCAGAACCGCAAGGCGCGCGCGAAGCGGAAGAACUCGAAUCUCGCGAACGGGGGGAGUGGCGGAGGCGAGAAAGACGCGGGCGGGGGGGAGGCCGCGGGGGCUGUUGCUGCGCAUGGGGCAGGGGGAAAGGGGAGCGCGGGGACGGGUUGGGGGAGCCAGGGGGAGAAGCGGCACAAGAGCGACUCGUCGGAGAGAGUAAAGGAUGUGACUGUAGAGGGGGAAAUGGUUCUCGUGCGCAGCGGCAGCGUGGCGAGUUCAGGCGGAGGUGACGUCAGCAAGGAUCCGGACGGGAGGGCAACGCAUGAGGCGGGCGAGGGCAGUCCCGGGGGAGUCAGCGCCGCGGGGGGGAGCGCUGGGGCGGCGGGAGGGACCUUCGCGAGCGCGGGGGAAGGCGGGGGAAACCACACCGCGGAGGGGCAGGAGCGGGGCGCAGGGUCGGGGGGGGAAGGCGCGGUGAGCAUGGGCGAGGCGGCAGCGGGCGCGGGUGGCGCUUCGGGGGGUGUGUUAAUGGAGACCCAGCAGGCGGCGGUCGCCGUGGGAGGCGGCGCCAUGGCUGUAGGCGACGGCGCGAAUGCUGCAGCGCCUGUGGCUGAAGGGAGCUUGCCACAGUACGGUGGGGAGGGGUGCGUAGCGGCCGAAUUUGAGUCCGUUCAGAUGGAAACGGGUUUGCUGGGGGAUGCGAUUGCAGCCAUGCGGACUAGCGCUGCUACCGCCGCCGCCGCCUCCGCCGCCGCCGCUGCUGCCGCUGCUGCAACUGUUGCUGAGGGUGGUUUAGGGUCGGGUGAUGGUGACAAUGGUGCGGGCAUGGAUAUGGGUGACAGUGCGAACCAGGGCGGAUGGCAGGCCGCAGGGGAGGGUGCGCUGCAGCAGGUGGGCGCGCAGGUCCACGCGGAUACACACGUGAGGCAGCAGCAGCGCCUCGAUGCGCCUGGAGAGGCGGCUUCCGCAGCCCACGUGGAUGCACACGUGCGCAUGGACGGGUGUGGAACGAUGGACAUGCAGCACGCGCGGACUGGUGACGGCGCACAUCUGGGGGGAAGCGGGGGCUUGACUGGCGCGCAUGCGCACAUGGAGGGGGAGGCGCAGAGCCACAUGCGCGCGCCCAGCUGCGAGCACGUGCGCGCAUGGGGCGCGCAUGGCGCAGGGGAGGGGGUUGAGGCGAGGGGGCUUGGCAUGGGCGGGCACGGAAUGGCGGAAUCUCAGGGGGUCUUGGGGGGUGAGCGGUGCGUGGAGGGGCGGAGUGCGGUGGAGGAGGGGGUUUCGAGAAUAGCAGGCGAUCAUGUGCAGCCAGCGAGCCUGGCAGCCGCGGCAGCACCUGAAAACACGCCUGGAGAAACACCUGGGCAUGGGGACUUUAACGGUGGGAGUCACUCGUUGGUGCAGGAAUCUCUAAGACCACAGGGUGACGCGAGCGGGGGUAUGCGGCAUGAGAGUGAGGCAGGUAUUGGUGAGCAGAGGGAGCUUGGGGGCGUGCCGUGUGGGCAGGCACAGGUGGUGAUACAGCAGGCGGGGCAAGGGGAGAGUAUGGCUGGGCAGCAGCAGGAGGUGGAGCAGCGCGCGCAGCAGGAGCAGCAGCUGCCGGGCGUGGAGCAUGACAGUGUAUUGGCUCCUCCGCUUGCCUGCACGCUUGCUGCUGUGCACACAGCAGAGAGCAGUGUGCAUGCACAGGACGAUCUGCAGCAGCAGCAGCAGCAGCAGCAGUUGGCGGGCUCGCCUCCACAAGUGAUGGUGCCUGCACAGCAGCAGGGCGAGGAGGGUGGGCAGAUGGAAGGGUUGGAGGCCGGUGGAGUGGUUACAGGGCAGGCAGGGCAAGAUGGGCAAGAGGGGCUAACAAUUGAUGCUGGUGGUGGCACUGCUGCUGCUGCUGCUGGUGGCGGCGAGGCAGUGAUGGAUGGUGGUGAGAGUGCGGGUGCUGCGUUGGGUUUCACUGGAGUGGGUGCUGUGGGCAUGGGCAGUGAGGUGGGGGCGGAGGCUCAGGAGCAGCAGCACAUGCUGAUCGACCAAACCAUGUUCCACCCACCUCCUCCCCCUCCAGAGGCGACGAGUGCGAUGCAGGUGAUGAUCAACGGCAAGCCGUGGGACGUGCCUAUUGGGCUGCUGGAUGUGCGCAACAGCUUUGGGGAGGGCGCCGUGAUAUUUGAUGCACAGGGGUGUGCCGUGCCAACCAACGAGAUGGGCAUCACUCUUGAGCCUCUGCAGGAAGGCAGCAGCUACACUGUGCAGGGGGGCGACAUUGCGCUGGUCUCAGAUCCCGUAUCUCUGUUACCAGAUGAUGACCUUGUGCCCGACUCUACAUUGCUUUGA